AUGGCCUCAAUUUUCCGACGUCUUCUAAGUAUCCGAAAACCAAAGAAAGUGUUGACUCGAAAGGAUUCCAUCACCGGCCGAAACCACACAUUUGUCAGUUUUCUCUUCCUUUUGCCAACCAAUGAGGUGCCAUAUCUAUCUCGUCUUGACGGAAACCAAUUACAACCGGGCCAAUCUCUUAUUGCCAGAGGAUACAUUACAGGAGGCGAAGGAUUCAUUGUGAAUCUGACAUCCGGUCCAAACGUGGAACUAGAUGAUGACGAAUCCGGACAACUCGACGACCGACUUUUGGCUCUUCGUGUGGACCUCUCCAAAGGAAAGGUCUUCUUGAAUGCUUGUAUCAACGGGCAGUGGGGGAAAGAAGCAUUCGUCAAGCAAUCGUACAAGGAAGGUGACGAGUUCGACAUUCGAGUUCGAUGCUUCGAACAACAUUUCGAGAUUUAUGUGGAGCAUAAAUUGAUUGCCAACUUUAAGCAUUAUGUUCCGAUGAGCAAUAUCUCGCAUAUUUAUGUGACUGGCGAUGUGAGACUCUACGCCGUUUCAUGGGAAGGAAAACUUUAUAAUAUGCCGUACACCGCUGACAUUCCCGGCAACUUCUACGUCGGUAGAAAACUAUUCGUCUCUGCAAUCGCUGAUAAAAAACCGAAAGACCUAAACAUAGACUUCUUUGCCGGCGAAGAUGUCCCAUUCAAGAUGAACGCUUCUUUUGUUCAAAAGAAAAUCCAACGAAGCAGCGAGAUUUCUGGCACUAAAUCGUCUCCUGAAACUGGCUUCGAGGGCAAGAAUAAGUUUCCGUUGAAGGGGAAACGAUCCUUUGACAUUUUGAUCUACGCGGCUGAUGAUAAGUUUUUGGUGUUCAUCAAUGACGUGCUCUACUGCACAUUCGAUCAUCGCAUGCCUGCUGCCAAAAUCGAACGUCUUCAAAUCACCGGAGACAUUCAGUUGAUUGACAUCAAAAAUCGGAAAAAUCUGAAAUCUUUAAAAAUAGAGAAAAUAAUUGAAAUUUUGAAAAUAAAAAACGUUCUUAUAAAAACUCAAUCCCUGAAUUUUGAAUCAUCAAGAUUUUCAACAGACAAUUCAAAAAUGUCAACACCAGCGGAUGACGAAGGAUAUGAAGAGAUGGGCGGUCCCGCAGCUAACCCAGCAAUUCCAGCAUUUCCAGUCUCAUCAAGCGGUGCUUCUCCAGCAGGAAACACAGGAGGAAUCCCACAAUUUCCAGUGGCCGGAGCCUCAGGAUCUGCUGCUCCAGCAUCCAAGGCAUCGAAAAUGGAAAAUGGCGCAGGAGCAUUUGUGGAUCAGUCAAAAAUGGAUGGUAAAAGUAAAAUGAAGGGUGGAAAAGGAGGCGGAGCUAGUAGAAUGAGUGAUGAUGGAAAGAAAAAUAACAAGAAGAAGAAUAAGAAAAAUUCGGAGAACUCGGAAAAUGAAGGGAGCCGUAUGGAGAGUGCAUCUCUAGCACCCGCUACCCAUCGACCCAAUUCAUUGGAUACUUGCCAAUUGGCUAUGGUCAUAUUCUUCGUUGUUCUAAUCAUUGCCAUAUCGACUCCAGUUCUUCUUACAGCCACUGGAAAUGCUGAAAUUGAAUAUAUCAAGAAGGGAUUGACAACACUUUAA